AUGCCAAAAGCACUCACAACACCUACAUUACCUCUUAACGGGUUAUUCCCAAUUGCCAAGCCUUCAGGUCCAAGCUCGAUGAAAGUGAUUGAUGCUAUCACUCCGUUAUUGCUUGAAUCAAAGCUUUUCGAUGAUCCAGAAAGAAGAAGACAUGCAAAAGGCCAAUCUAAGAGAAAGAAGAAUACAACUCAUAUGGGUCUGAAAAUCGGUCAAGGUGGUACAUUAGAUCCUCUAGCUGAUGGUGUACUGGUGAUCGGUGUGAAUAGAGGUACGAAACAUCUUAACAAGUACCUGGAAUGUACAAAGCAAUACGAGAGUAUCGGACUUUUAGGAUGUAUGACCACUUCUAUGGAUUCAGAGGAUCCUGUAUUAUCUACCGCAGCAUGGGAACAUGUCACUCGUGAAGAUAUAGAGAAAGUGCUAGAUAGAUUUCGAGGAGAAAUAGAUCAAGUACCUCCAAUCUUUUCAGCUUUGAAAAUGGAUGGUAAACAUUUAUAUGAAUAUGCGAGAGAAUCAAAACCGUUACCUAGACCAAUCCCAACACGUAAAUGCACAGUCUCAAUUGAACUUAUAGAUUUUAGACCAGCUUCAAUAAAUCCAGGAGAUGGAGGACAUGAAUAUCGAUGGCCUGAUAAACGAUUAUCAGAAGAAGAGAAAAAGGUAUUCAGGAAAUUGACCGAUAUCGUAUCUGCCGCUGGAACUGAACCUGGUAAACCAAAAGGUCAGCAUGAACCAUCAACAACAGCAGCACCAUCGACAGCGCCAUCGACAACGACGACGAAAACGGAAGAAGAAGAGGCUACAGAUGGAAAAUCAGAAGUCAAGACUGAAUCGUUCGUGCCGGAUUUAGAAAAGCCUGAUUAUCCAGAAGUUUCUCCUAUAAAUGGAUUAAGACCACCGACGUUCAAAGUCAGAAUGACAGUCUCAAGUGGAACUUAUGUUAGAUCAAUCGUACAUGAUGUUGGAGUAGCUUUAGGAUGUGGUGCACAUGUAGUGGAACUUACUCGAACAAGACAAGGUGAAUUUUCGUUGUAUGGUGACGAGCAAGCUCUUUCGGAAAUCACUACAGCAGAGGAAGAUAAGCUAGAAGGAGUAGAAGAAGUUACUGGACCUACGGGCGGAUCAAUACCUUGGUCAGUAUGGGAGAGGGCUCUGGCUGAAAGAGAGAAGAGUAUAGCUACAGAGAAACAAGAAAGAGAAGAAGCGAUGAUGUCAGGGGCUAGUGCAGAAGAAAUGCAUACGAAUUGGUCACAAGAGGCUAUCAGACAAAGAAGACAUCAAGGGGAACAUAAAGAGUGGGAGACUGAAGUGCUGAGAAGAUUUGUAACGGUUCCCGUACCUCUGAGUGGUGGACAUGGAUGGAGGGAGUAG